UCUUCCAAACAAAUAUGGACCUGAAGGAGCUUCCAUCGAACGUAGGAGAUGACAACAUAAGCGAAGAAGCAAAUAGUUUGAUCUCUUCUCUUCCUUUAUGCACAGAUUUCCAAGGGAAGAAACUUUGUAAUUAUCAAGGAUGUUGGUAUAAAUACAACACUCUCCAAGGCGUUCUUAAUUUCCAGAGAGGUUUUGAACCGCAAGACACCGAUAUAAUUCUUGCUUCUUUCCCCAAAUCAGGCACUACUUGGCUCAAGGCCCUCACCAGUGCCCUUAUGGAGAGAUCAAAGAACCAUUCCUUUGAUCAUCAUCCUCUACUAUCUGAUAGUCCUCAUGGCAUUAUACCAUUCCUGGAGCUCAGUGUGUAUCAAGAAAGCUCAAGUCCUAACCUAGCAAAGUUCUCAUCACUUCCGAGGCUGUUCUCAACUCACAUGCCACUGCACGCGAUGCAUGAGACCCUUAAGGGCUCUCCUUGCAAGAUUGUGUACCUGUGCAGGAACGUGAAGGACACAUUGAUCUCGUGGUGGUUUUUUAGGAGUGCUGUUAAUAAAAUAGAACCAAACAGAAGCCUUGUCGAGAGUACGUUCGAAGCGUUCUGCAACGGAACUAUCUACUAUGGACCCAUUUGGGAACAUGUCCUGAGUUAUUGGAGAAGAAGCUUGGAGAAUCCAAAGCAAGUCCUUUUCAUGAGGUAUGAGGAGAUGAAAGCUGAGCCUCGCGAUCAAGUCAAGAGACUUGCGGAAUUCUUGGGUUGUCCUUUUACCACGGAAGAAGAAGAUAAUGGAUUGGUGGAUGAGAUCUUGGACUUUUGCUCUCUGCGUAAUCUGAGCAGUUUGGAGGUUAACAAAACCAAAAUAUUUAACAAAGUGGAUCGAAGCAUUUUUUUCCGUAAAGGGGAAGUUGGUGACUGGAAGAAUUAUCUUAAUCCAGAAAUGGAGAACAAGCUGGACAUGAUCAUCCAAGAAAAAUUGCAAGGUUCUGGUUUGAAAUUCUAAAUAUGUAUCAUAUGGUUUGUGUUUCUUUGUUGUUAUUUUCCUUUAUAAUAUCUUUAAAUUGUCAUCAGCAGACCUAAAGCUCUU